AGCAGGAUCACUCGAGAUUUUAACUAGUAAUGGCUGUAUAAAUGAUGUUUAAGGAUUCGAUAUGUAAAUCCCAAAGGCGGGUAAAGUGGAUUGCUAGAAUAAUCUAGUUAGAUCUGUGUAACUAUUGAAGGGAUUUACCUCUGUAUGUGUUAAUCAAGAUCUACAUAAUAAGUAUUUUUGGAUAUUGUCAUUAUUAGAAAACUUGCCAUAUCUAUUCACGAUGUUUGUCAAAUAUUUUGUGUCCUACAUAAGGUGUGACAGUAACACAAUAUCAUUAUGUCAUGGCAUAGCAGUAAUUAGUUCAGCAAAACGUUUCCAUGUUUUACUGGAAAAGGGGAGAUUCAUUUUUCUUAACCAUUUUCUAACCAAAAAAAUCCAUCACGAACAAGAGUUUUGUAACAAACUAGGACCGGGGUAUUUGCAUAUUGUCCAUGCGGUAUUCAAAGGAGAUGUUACACCAUCAGGAUAUCAACGAAAAAUAAUUCUGUUAUUGACCAAGAGUAUUUGCUUAGACCCCCUAACCUCUAAACUGGCAAAAAGAUCAGUGUUUAAACAGUAUCGCACGGGAAAUGCCCUGUGUGUAGAAUUGCUAAUUCAAGAAAGUCAAAGUUGGUCACCAAAAAGCUUUCCCGGUUAUUCUCAUCCAGGAAUAUGGAUCUUUCAAACACAAUGCAACCGCUCUUUCAACAUUGUAUUGUUAACACAUACAUUGAAAAGAAUUUACUGUGCUUUGACUUACAAAUAUAUCUAUCAAAACUUGGUUAACGCUACCAAAGCCAGGACAAAAGCUGAAACAGCAUUAAAUAUCCACAAUGGCAUCCUACCCGUUGCUAUGCGAUUUGAACAACUGAUAGAUAUAUUCGGAUUUGGUGCCUUUGGUCUGGUUUUGAAUCAAACCUGUGGCAGACUAUUAAAUUAUACCAAUUGUCAAUUCUCACAACUGUUUCAAUCCCUUCCCAAUACAUCUACAACAUCAUAUGCAAUGUAA